AUGACUUAUGGGCUUUACGAAUUAUUAACACCUGAUGCACGCCUAUAUUCGAACGCUCUCCCUCUAGCGAUAAUCAUUAUUGGCGGAUUGGUGGUUUUAGUGUCGAUCGCAGGAUGCUGCGGUGCGCUUGUGGAGAGUAAACCAGUGUUGAUUACUGUAUCCUUAAAUGGUCUAAUAUCUAUCAUAUUAGCUUUGGUAAAUACACAGCGUGUUGAGAAUGCCGUUGAUCGCGCUUGGGAUAAUGCGUAUAGAACGCGUCCAAAACUAAUCCGUGACAUUGAAAACGAAUAUUCGUGUUGCGGAUUCCGUAGCACAACUGACCGUGCAGUUCCGUCAAAUUGCGCCAAUAACACAUAUUUCGGUUGGGAUAGACCGUGUUAUGAUAGUUUACGAGAUUCUUAUACGCAUCACCAAUAUCUGUGGAUCAUACUUGGUAUUGUUUUGGUUGUGGUUCAGAUUUUAGCAUUGAUUUGUGCUUAUCUUCUCAUGCGGUGGAUUCCAAAUGCGUGGAUGCGUGAGCGUGACUAUAGAAGAGAACAUGAGCGACUUGUUGAUCAGGGGCGUGGUCAAAGUUCAGGACGGAGAAACGAGGAAGCCCCUAAAGCGUAUGUAGUUGGGCGAUCCGGGCCAUAUGGUAGCACGGGUUAA